GAAGAUGCUAGAUUACGCUCGAAUUGCUUCAGCUUCUCAGAUUCAUUGCCUAUAAAUAUGACGGAUACAUUCUCUAGUUAUCAUCAGCAAGUCAUCAAGCAAAUCAAUCACUACAAUCAAAAGUUUAAAAUAUCCUCUGUUUUCUUCUAGCAACAUAGUUCUCAAAAAUGUCUCUUAUUCCAAGCUUCUUUGGUGGUCGGAGGAACAAUAUCUUCGACCCAUUUUCCCUUGACUUAUGGGAUCCCUUCGAGGGCUUUCCAAUUUCAACCACCAUUGCCAACAAUACAUCCUCUGCUCGUGAAAUCUCUGCUUUUGCAAAUGCGAAAAUAGAUUGGAAAGAGACCCCACAAGCUCACGUCUUCAAAGUGGACGUUCCGGGGAUCAAGAAAGAUGAAGUGAAAGUUGAAGUAGAAGAAGGAAGGAUUUUACAGAUUAGGGGUGAGAGAAGCAGAGAGGAAGAAGAGAAGAACGAUCAGUGGCACCGUAUGGAGAGGAGCAGCGGUAAGUUUUUAAGAAGAUUCAGGUUGCCGGAGAAUGCAAAGACGGGAGAAAUAAAGGCAGCGAUGGAGAAUGGAGUGCUGACAGUGACUGUUCCAAAAGAAGAAGAGAAGAAGAAAUCUGAGGUGAAGGCCAUUGACAUCUCUGGUUAAACAAGUGUUUGAUGAAAGUCCCUUUUUUAAUAAUGUCUGUGUUUGUCAAAGUAUUUUUGGUUUGUUGGGAGAUUAAGCUUUUAAUUUGAAGUAUGUGUUGUAAUUGUUUAAGAUUAUGCAUGAAAAUGUUUUGAGAAUUUACCUAAUGAAUAAUUCUGUCUUAA